UCACACCUCAAUUGCUUGCCCCACUAUAGCCCUGCUAAACACCAAGCACCCCACUAAAUACCAGUUCGCAAGCGCUCCAGUGAUUUGUGACCAUGCCGGACAAGCUCGAUAUAGAAGGUCUCCUCAAGGAGUCCAAGGCUGAAUAUAAGCGCUUGGGAAAGAGCGGCCUGAAGGUCUCGGUACCCAUCCUGGGUGCUAUGAGCAUUGGAAGUUCCAAGUGGCAGCCCUGGGUGAUUGAAGAGGAAGAGUCGCUACCGCUGCUGAAGGCUGCAUACGAUCGCGGUCUGACGACUUGGGAUACCGCCAACGUUUACUCCAAUGGUGUCUCUGAGGAACUUGUCGGCAAGGCGAUCAAGAAGUACAACCUGCCUCGCGAUAAGCUCGUGAUUCUCACCAAAUGCUUUGGCUACGUCGGCGAGGAUCCCGGUCUACGAACCAUCCAAUACGGCAAAGAGCUGCCUCAGCUGAAAGACUAUGUGAACCAAGGUGGCCUCUCACGACAGGCCAUCUUCAACGCCGUCAACGCGUCGCUCAAGCGUCUUGACAUGGAAUAUAUCGAUCUUCUGCAGAUCCACCGCUUCGACCCGAACACGCCUCUCGAGGAGACGAUGGAGGCGCUGCAUGAUCUGGUCAAGAGUGGAAAAGUUCGAUACAUCGGUGCCAGCUCUAUGUGGGCAGUGCAGUUUGCGCAAAUGCAGUUUACUGCUGAAAAGAACGGCUGGACGAAGUUCAUCAGCAUGCAGAACCACUACAACCUGCUCUACCGCGAGGAAGAGCGUGAGAUGAACCGGUUUUGCAAUGACACUGGUGUUGGUCUGAUCCCAUGGGCACCUCUUUGCCGUGGCCAUCUCGCUCGCCCUCCCUCCGCAUUUGGCUCAACUACCCGUUCAGAAGGUGAACAAAAGGCCGGUAACCAGAGCUCUGGUAACACUGAGCGUGAUAAGAAGAUCAUUGCUCGCGUUGAAGAGAUCGCGAAGAAGCACGAUUGGAAGAUGAGCCAUGUUGCCCUCGCAUGGAUCAACAAGCGUGUUGCAAGUCCAAUCAUCGGAUUUUCCAGCACAGACAGGAUGGAUGAAGCGCUUGCAGCGAGAGGUAAAGAGUUGACUGAGGAAGAGGAGAAGUACCUCGAGGAGCUGUACGAGCCCGUGAGGAUUGUUGGGCAUUCAUAGACAAGUCAUGCAAUAACAUCAAUGACAGCGGUUGAAGUCAACAAGCGAUAUAUGAACGAAUAUUGCGGUGCCGAAUACGAAGUCAUCAUUCAUCUAUAUUGCUUUUCCAAGUGGGUAAUUACAGGUUUCGUAUGGAUACCUAGGUACCUAGGCAGCCCCGGAUCAUCUUGCGAAAGAGAACAGUCCAGUAGAAUGCUGACAUGCAUCUCCGCGUGGACCUUGAGCCCUUGCAGUAAUCAAGUGGAUCUCUGAUUCACUCGGACCGCAU